UCUCAGUUGUGUUGAAUGUUAUCAAUGCAAAACAUAUAAAUUAAAUAAUUCUAUUGAAAAAUUUGCAUUGAUAAUAAUUUUGCCGUUAAAAUGUUACUUGUAGUAAUUAUUUCAAUACUGUUCAAAGUUGUAGAGUCAAUCGGUGAUACAAGUGAAAGGAGACUGAUGAACGAUGGCAACUGGAUGCCAUCUACUGCCUUUGGUACCUAUAUGCCGGACCCAGGUAACCUGAAAUACAUGACCCAAGCAGUCAAAUGGGCAAUCCAAGCAGGAUAUAGGCACAUAGACACCGCCGAUCUGUACGCAAGCGAGGUCAAUAUAGGUGUGGCCAUGAAGGACCUCAUGAAACGAGGUAUCGUGAAUCGGACAGAAAUGUAUAUAACUACAAAGCUAUCAUUCUCAGUUGUCACGUGUAAGGAAGUCAUGCAAUCUAUGCAAGGUAGUUUAAAAAGACUACAGUUACAAUAUUUGGACAUGACCCUUAUUCAUACACCGCGCAAUGUGCUAAACUUAAAGAAUCGCGAUUAUUUGGUGAUUUGGAAAUGUCUUGAAGGGGCCAAGCAAAUGGGUUUGACGAGAUCUAUCGGUGUUUCAAAUUUCAACGCCACGGAAAUCAACAGGAUCCUAGUUAAUUCAAAAACCCCACCAGCCGUUAACCAGAUUGAGACGAAUCCUACCUUCACGCAUUUGGAGUUAGUAGCUUAUUGUCAAAGCAAAGGCAUCGUUGUAACUGGAUACGCACCUUUUGGUUUCCUCGUGCCAAGACCAUUCAAUGAUUUAGCAUUACCGCCCACUUUUGACGAUCCCAUAUUGGUGGGGAUGGCCGAGAAAUACUGUGUAGACGUCAGUCAGAUUGUCCUGCGGUAUUUGGUUGAACGCCACAUAAUACCAAUCGCUGCAUCAUUAGACAAGGAACACAUUCAAUCAAAUAUAGACAUUUUCGAUUUUACUUUAUGCCCAGAAGACGUCCUCAUCAUUAAUGAAUACGACAAGAAUAUUAAGGUCCAUAUAAUAGAUUAUGAUGGACUGGAAGAAGAGAUGCUUUAUAUGUAUAGAUAUUUGAAGAGAUUUGCCCGAGAGAACAAUUUGAAACAGUUUAGGAAUGUUUAGUACUUAGUUCUGGAAUCAGCUGCACCGUUUUUAUAAUAAUACCUAUUUGAAACUUCU